UAUAUAUAUGAGAAAGAUGGAGUCUUCUCAGCCGUGAAGUAUGAUGGCUCAACUAAAGGUACCCCCCGAUUUACAAAGCUGAUGAUCCAAGGACACUCCUCCCCUCUUAGCAUGCAUCUUAAGUUAUCACCAUGAAGAACUUGACCUUGUGGAUAUUAUGACAUACUCAAAUCAUUUGAUGGACAACAAAAUGAUAGAUAAUUUCUCAAAAUAUGAUUUAUCUACUAGAGGAAUCACUGAUAAGCGAGAACAAGACAAGACUAUUGAAAGUUUAAAACAAGAAGAGCAAUCCCAAUUGAGCAUUUCUUACUUUCAAAGAGAGCAGAAAGUGUUCAACCUCCAAAGGAUAAACUUCAAGGGCCUUAGAGAAUCAAUCAACUAUAAGGUUGAUAUUAACUAUAUCCAUGAGUUGGACCUCCAGAAGCAGAUAGACAGCUGAGAUGACACCAUGAUAGAGAACUUUCUCGCAUCAUAUUGAGGAAAGAAUUUUAAAUCUAUUACUCUCUUAUCAAGAGAUUUCAUGAUCAAAUUAGUAAAUGGAUAUGGAGUCGAAUCGAAUAAUCUUAUCAGCAAAAGCUCCUGAAGAUGAGUAAAAGUAAGGAGCCAAAGUUCUAAACCAGUGCAAGAGUGAAAAUGUAAAUUAGGCAAGCGAUAUUUGCUACUCAACGCAUGAAUGUACAUGACAUCUGGAGAUCAAUUAGAUAAAGAAGAUAAAAAGUUUUUAGAGAAAUCAGAAGACUUAUUUGAUUUAAAAGUAAAAGAAUGAUCAAAAAUUAUGGAGAACAUCAUGAGAGGAAUAGAAAUCCUGCUGCUCUCCCCCUCCUGAGACUUCUUCACCAUCCGCUCAGUCGUUGAACUCUCCUCUUAACUCCCCCUAUCCAACCCCAUGAAGAAGCUUAUAUUCCCAUAGUAAUUCUACCUAUCUUGCUUUGAUUUCCACUUAUAAAAUUCCAAAUCCCUCUUCC